GUAGAACCCAUGAUAUUUUUUAGAUGUUAUCCCUCCUCCCACCACUCCUCUUUUUCUUUAACGAAGUUCUGAUCUAUUGCGACUGGAUAGGGGAAAGCCAGACAUUAAUUGACUGAUAUUAAAAUAUCCGGUUGUGUUAGAUCGAUGAUAUCCCAGGAGGCUGAAAAAAUAAGACAUACUGUCAGCUCAAUGCUAUGUUGAUGUUCACUCUUUCAGAUUCAGUCUUUCAGACGGCCAGCGUUCCCUAAACCAGUUCAAGUUUGCAUCAGCGGUGCUACAUCUCUCUAUCUAACGCGACAGCACACACAGAGGUGAAGAUGGUCCUCUUCCUCCCGCUGCUCCUGUUUCUGAGCCUCACUCCCGUCCACAGCUUUUCGACAGCUGACAGAUUUGGAGGAUUUCUGAAAGAUGUCUGUCCCAAUUUGUCACCGUCUGGACCCGUUCAUCCCAAAACGCCUCAGACGGUCUCUUCACCUUAUGUUGUUAACGUAUCUCAGACCACCUACCUGCCAGGUGACAACAUUACAGUAACUCUUUCAAGGACGGGAAGUAACGUGUUUACAGGGUUUAUGAUUCAAGCCCGCCGGGAGACUGGGUCUAUUGGGACCCAGUCUAUUGGGACCGAGCCUAUUGGGAAAUUCCUUGUUUCGUCCGAUGUCAGUCCAUUGGCAUGCAGCGGGAGUUCAGACACUGUGAUACAGACCUCCGGGGCCGACAAGUCGUCUGUGACGACCACAUGGACAGCCCCAUCUUCAACAUCGGGAAACAUUGUAUUCAUAGCAACAUUUAUGCAGUCUCUGUCAACAUACUGGCAAGCAGUGCCUAGUCCCACCCUGACACCAAGAUCUACUGUAACUGUUCCUACUACUGUUCCCACUACUGUAACUGCCCCUACUACUGUUCCCACUACUGUAACUGCUCCUGCUACUGUUUCCACUACUGUAACUGCCCCUACUACUGUUCCCACUACUGUAACUGCCCCUACUACUGUUCCCACUACUGUAACUGCUCCUGCUACUGUUCCCACUACUGUAACUGCCCCUACUACUGUUCCCACUACUGUAACUGCUCCUGCUACUGUUCCCACUACUGUAACUGCUCCUGCUACUGUUCCCACUACUGUAACUGCCCCUACUACUGUUCCCACUACUGUAACUGUUCCUACUACUGUUCCCACUACUGUAACUGCCCCUACUACUGUUCCCACUACUGUAACUGCUCCUGCUACUGUUUCCACUACUGUAACUGCCCCUACUACUGUUCCCACUACUGUAACUGCCCCUACUACUGUUCCCACUACUGUAACUGCUCCUGCUACUGUUCCGACUACUGUAACUGCCCCUACUACUGUUCCCACUACUGUAACUGCUCCUGCUACUGUUCCCACUACUGUAACUGCCCCUACUACUGUUCCCACUACUGUAACUGCUCCUGCUACUGUUCCCACUACUGUAACUGCUCCUGCUACUGUUUCCACUACUGUAACUGCCCCUACUACUGUUCCCACUACUGUAACUGCCCCUACUACUGUUCCCACUACUGUAACUGCUCCUGCUACUGUUCCCACUACUGUAACUGCCCCUACUACUGUUCCCACUACUGUAACUGCUCCUGCUACUGUUCCCACUACUGUAACUGCUCCUGCUACUGUUUCCACUACUGUAACUGCCCCUACUACUGUUCCCACUACUGUAACUGCCCCUACUACUGUUCCCACUACUGUAACUGCUCCUGCUACUGUUUCCACUACUGUAACUGCUCCUGCUACUGUUCCCACUACUGUAACUGCUCCUGCUACUGUUCCUACUACUGUAACUGUUCCCACUACUGUUCCUGAUCCUACUAUUGUAACUGUUCCCACUACUGUAACUGAUCCUAGUACUGUAACUGAUCCUGUAACUGAUACUGUAACAACAUUUGAGAAUGGUAAAAAUUCUGUGACUGUUUUUCUAAGUAUUUCUGUGACUUUUACUAAAGCUGAUCCUAAAAAUGUUCAUACUGCUAGUAGAAGUAAUGUUGUGUACCAAGGAAACAUAUGUGAAAGCCUUACAAAUGUUAGUAUUAGAACUAUCCCUCCCGCUAUUAUUACUAGUAAUGUAACAACUGUGGUUUGUAAUACUGCUGUGGUUUGUAAAGCAACUGUUUCUACUGCUGUGUUGUUAUACCUAAUUACAGCACUAGUGGUGUAAGCAUUGAAGCAGGUCCUGAAAGUUGCACCCGCUGCCUCAUUAUCAGUUCUUAUAUGUGUUCCUACUGUAGCUUAGCUGUUUACUGUAGCUUGUGAGGCAGGGGUAAUUCACCUCCAGAACCUGUACAAUCAGCACUGGUGCCCCUCAGGAAAGUAUGUAUGUAUGUAUGUAUGUAUGUAUGUAUGUAUGUAUGUAUGUAUGUAUGUAUGUAUGUUAUAUGUGUGUGUGUGUGUGUGUCUGUGUGUGUGUUUGUCUGUCUGUCUGUGUGUGUGUGUGUGUGUGUGUCUGUGUGUGUGUGUCUGUGUGUGUGUGUGUGUGUAUGUGUGUGCAUAUGUAUGAUUGUUUUUUUAUUAUUAUCCAUGUCUGUGAAUUAUAUUAUUGUUGCUUGCUUUCCUACAGGUACACUAUAGCACUUCUGAGGUUCAUGUUGUUUAAUUGUAAUUUGUUCAACUACAUGCUCUUAUGUUUCUUCCCAUUGGCUCAUCUCCCAUCUCGUUGUUUAUAAUCUCUGACCUAUGCACUUUUGUAAAGCUCUCUCGUGGAAGUCGCUUUGGAUAAAAGCAUCUACUAAAUCAAUAAAUGUAAAGGCAAAUGUGUUGUUUUUUAAUUUUGUUGUGCACUGGAAUCCCGUCACCAAGACAACAUUUUAGUAUUUGUAAGCAGCAUACUUGGUAAUAAAGCUGAUUCUGAUUCUUCCGA